GUUAUAUCUCUCCAAUAGAAACCCAACCUAUCCAUUCUCUGCAGCUGAGAGCCACCGCCACCGCCACCGCCACCGCCGUCCUAUUGGAGCUGCUCAUCCGCCGCAAAUGCAAUCCAUUAUUGUUCCUGCUCAAGGAUCUUAUUUCCUUCUGCGAAUUCUGAAUGGAAGCUUCCAGACACUUGAAUGGUUUAAGGACCAAAGUUCUCUUUAUAUUUGGUAAAAAAAAAAGUUCUCUUUAUAUUUCGUGGUUUCUCCGUGUAGGUUCCAAUUUAGACCAAAUCGAAUCGAGCAUAAAUAGCGAUAGAAAAGAGAAGGGAAUUUCAGAUGAUGGAGAUGAGGAGCCGAGGGGGGCGGUUCUCAAUGCAUUGAAUGCAAUGCUGAAGGGGAGUUUGGAUCGGUUGAAAAUUAUGAGGGAAAGCAUAAGUUGGGGGCAUUCAAGUAGGUGUCGUUUCAACUUCGAAUCCAUGUCCAAGAGUGAUAUAAGUAUGAUUAGAGCUUUGAGCUUGGAAGGUAAGCUCGGAUCAGCUCUGUGUCUUUGGCACACUUUGGUUCAACAGCUUAGAAUUCGUGAUGUCCGUACUCACAAUUACCUACUAAAUGCACUUUGCAAAAGCCAUGAUUUGGAGAGGACUGAGUGGCUUGUUAAUGCGAUGUUAGCCCAUGGCCCUCGCCCUAGUUGUGCUACCUACAACACUUUGAUGAGUGGUUAUUGCCUGUAAAUCAAGUCGAUAGAGCUCUAGAUGUUUUCGCUACCAUGGCUAACCAGGGGGUGAGGCCAAAUAGGGUCUCGUGCAAUAUUCUUGUGUGUACUCUUUGCCAGAAUGGCUUAUUGCAGGAUGCAACAAAGCUGCUUAAGACAAU